AUGCUAGCGAGAGUCAUCUCCAAGUCAUCUCUUCUUAUCUACAUUGACACUGCCAAGAAUGGAUAGACAACUAAAUAGGUCUAGUUUUAUUAUAGUGAGUUCGCACAAACCGACCUAGAUUAGGAUAUAAAGACAGAGGUCAGUGGAUAAGACUAGCUAGAUUGACAUGACGGCAUAAACUAUAAAUAAGUCGUAGAACUCGAUUUUGGAGGACAGAUCUGACAUGGCGGACAAAACCACUCUUGAUGAAGACAAAGUAGAAGUGGCGGAAGUGAAUGGAAACCUGAGUGGGGGUCAGCCGGCAAUAUACAGCGGGGAGGCGCCCCCUCAUAAACCGAAAUCUGAAUCUGAGAACGAGAAAGAUCUGAAUGGACCAGGACAUAGAAGAUAUUCCUAUGGCGAGGCACUGGACAACCACGACCUGGACACGAUGUACGGCGACUCCAUUCCCGACGACUUGAAGACACGUCGUGAGAUGACCCGCGAUGGUCGUAGGGCAUCAGCACGGGUACAACGAUUAGAUUCGAUGAAAGUGUUGCUGCCCUAUCGACGCAGUGGCCGCAGAAGGGAAACGAGUCCUAUAGAUUCAUCGGGUCUCUUUUCUUCUAUGCUUCUUACUUGGAUGACGCCAUUAUUCAGAAAAUCUUUCAAUGGUCAUAAUUUGAAGGAGAGUGACCUCAUCCACCUAAGGUCACACAAAGAGACUGCCCAGUCAGCAUCCAUAAGGCUCGCGGAGCAGUGGGCCGAAGAAUUAAGGGAGAAAGGUCCCGAGAAGGCAUCACUUGGUCGGGUUAUGAUGCGACAUCUGAGAACUCGUCUGAUUGCUGCUGGCUUCAUUGUAUUCAUCUCAUUGUUAUCAAACUUUGUUGUAAAUCCUUACCUCAUCUACCGCUUGCUCACCCAUUUGGACCAGCCCGAGCCAUCGGUACGACAUGCCUUAUUACUAGUCCUUGGAUUGACACUCACGUACCUGGUCCGUGCUUUCGGCGUCCAUUUUAGUUGGUACCUUAGCGUCCGUACUGCCGGGCGACUGCGCAGUGCAGUCUUGAUGCUAAUUUACACCAAGAUAUCGCGACUGCGCAGUACGGCCGAGCUUUCUGUCGGAGAGAUUGUAAACAUCGCUGUGAAUGACUGCACGCGCAUCUUCGAAGCCUGUCACACGUCUGCCAUGUUCGUGACAAUUCCUCUGUUAACUCUUAUACUCUUCAUCGCCUGUCUCGUUAUGGUGGGAGCAAGUGCACUGAUUGGAAUAGCCUCCAUAGUUGCCUUCUACGUUCUGCAGAUUGGGAUAGCCAAACUCACAGCCCACUACAGACAGGUGGGUGUCGUUGCUACGGACAAGAGAGUUCGCCUGAUGAAUGAGCUUCUAAGCUGCGUUAAGCUCAUCAAAAUGUACGCCUGGGAAGUGCCCUUUUCCAGAACAAUUUCAGGUAUUCGUAAGUCAGAAGGACGCAUGCUCAAGCUUUCAGGAUACCUGCAGGCGUUGGCUAUAUCCAUAACUUUCCUCAUCUCACCGGCUGCAACCCUGGCUACUGUUGUAGGCCAUACACUGUUGGGUCACUCCAUUACAGCAGCGGAGGCAUGGACUCUGAUGUGUCUGUAUAUGGGACUAACUGUAUGUCUGUAUAUGAUACCCACCGCCCUCAAACCUACGGUAGAAUCCAAGAUCGGUGUCCAGCGUAUCAAGGCUGUUCUAUUGCUGAAGGAAAGUGACGAGCAGGUGGAGCCACCAGACGAUCAUCACAUUGCCAUCAAAAUGACAGAUGCUACACUGUCGUGGGUUGAUCCAGAAUCGCUCCAAUCAGCAACUGAAAGCGAAGCGGGUAAAGAGCGACAGUAUAUCCCAAAUGGUAACUCACACAACUCAUCCAGAGGUGAAAAUUAUGCAGCACGCUUGGAGAGAGAUGACACCCAGCAAGGAGAUCGGUUGCUUUGGUCUUCGGAUGACAAGUCGUUGCCAUGUGCACUCCGGAACAUUGAUUUGACCAUUCAGAAGGGCAAACUCAUAGGGAUAUGCGGGAGCAUCGGGAGUGGCAAGAGUUCGCUGCUAUCUGCCAUUCUCAACCACAUGUAUACGAUAAAUGGCAAAAUCGAGAGAGCAGGGACCAUCGCAUACGCUUCCCAACAAGCAUGGAUAAUGAAUGCUACUGUCAAACGGAACAUCGUCUUCAAUCAACCUUUCGAUAGCAAACGAUAUCGCAAAGCAGUAUUUGCCUGUUCGCUUCAACCAGACUUUAAGAUAAUGACCCAUGGGGAUGGGACGGAAAUUGGUGAGAGGGGUAUCAACCUGAGCGGGGGCCAGAAGCAGAGGAUCAGUCUGGCCAGAGUGCUCUAUUCCAACCGAGACAUCUACUUGCUGGAUGAUCCCUUGAGUGCCGUAGAUGCCCACGUCGGACAGCAUAUAUUCACACACUGCAUCAAGGACGCCAUGAAAGGAAAGACAACGCUCUUCGUCACGCAUCAGUUACAGGUGAGAUCAUUGAUUUUUUAUUGA